AGGAAGGGAGAGGAGAGGAGCGGAGGGGAGAGGAGAGGAGGAGAGUCGCAGCAGCAGCAGCAGCAGCUUCAGUACCAGCCAGUGCUUCUCCCGGAUUCACUCCUCGGAGGAGGCUGCUACAGCCGAAGACUCGACACAGCCUUGGGGGAACGAAAAAAGAAAAAAAAGGAGGAGGAAUCGUGUUGGGUUUUUUUUUUUUAAUUUGCUUCCCCAUUUUGAUUUUUGACCAGCGAAGUGGGAUUGUGGUUGUUAUUUGGGAGAGGAUUUAACGCAACCAAAAUGUACCCCCGACGGGAGGGCAGCGACGGGCUGCUUCUGCUGGCGCUCUUGGGACUACUGCAGAUUGCAGCAGAAUGCGGGGUCAUCCCACCAUGCAGGCCUGGCUUCUCUGAAGAUGUAUACAAGGUUGCCUUGCCAGAUAUCAGCGAGAAGGGACAGCCCCUCUUCACUGUGAGGUUUGUCGACUGCGGCCGAGGGGGUCUGGUGCGCUUCGAAUGCAACAACCCGGAGGACUUCCGGAUAGAAGCCGACGGGGUGGUCUAUGCUGCCAGGAACCUGCAGCUCUCUGGACCCCAAACGUCCUCGCUGCUGAUCAAGGCCAUUGACGACACUAUUCAGCAGCAAUGGAUAACCCUUGUCAAAUUGACACCCUCCAACCAGCAGGUCAUGGAAGCCGCCUCUGAUCCCACCAUGUCCAAGGAUUUGAAGGAAAUAGCAUUUCCAUCACGAAACUUGGACAGCCAGCUGAAACGCAUGAAGAGAGACUGGGUCAUUCCCCCAAUCAAUGUCCCGGAGAACUCGCGAGGUCCUUUCCCACAGGAGCUUGUUCGGAUCCGCUCGGACCAUGACAAGAACCGAUCUCUGAGAUACAGCGUGACAGGCCCUGGUGCUGACCAACCUCCCACCGGCAUCUUCCUCAUCGACCCGAUCUCUGGAGAACUCUCAGUUAACAAGCCGCUGGAUCGAGAGCAUAUUUCCAACUUCCAUCUGAGAGCUCAUGCGGUGGACCUGAACGGCAACCAAGUAGAAAACCCCAUCGACAUUGUGAUCAAUGUGAUCGACAUGAACGACAACAGGCCCGAAUUCAACCACCCCAUUUGGAACGGUACCGUUCCAGAGGGCUCCAAGCCAGGCACAUUUGUCAUGACUGUAACAGCAGUCGACAAAGAUGAUCCCAGAACUGCUAAUGGGAUGAUCCGCUACAAGAUCUUGUCUCAGAACCCCGACAGUCCCACCUCCAACAUGUUCACCAUCAAUAAUAAAACUGGAGGCAUCAUUACUGUGGCAGCAGGCUUGGACAGAGAGAAAGUGCCUCAGUACACGCUGAUCAUCCAGGCCACUGACACCGAGGGCAACCCGAUGUACGGCCUCUCCAACACGGCCACCGCCGUCAUUAGAGUCACUGACAUCAAUGACAACCCGCCAGAGUUCACAGCUGAGACGUUUUUCGGCGAGGUGCACGAGAACCGUGUGAACGUGAUCGUGGCCAACCUGACGGUGACUGACAAGGACCAACCCAACACUCAGGCCUGGAACGCAGUCUACAAAAUCACUGGGGGUGACCCCACGGGCAGGUUCUCUGUGCCCACUGAUCCCACCAAUAACGAGGGGCUGGUAACGGUUGUCAAGCCCAUUGACUAUGAAAUGAGCAGGGCGUACGUGCUGACAGUGGAAGCGAAGAACGAGGUGCCACUCGCCAGAGGCAUCCACUCUCCCCGUCAGUCCACCGCGACCGUCUCCAUACGAGUGAUGGACGUCAACGAGAGCCCCUACUUCGAUCCCAACCCCAAGCUCAUUAAACUGGAAGAGGGAAUGUUGCCCGAGUCCAUGCUGACCACCUUCACGGCGCAGGACCCUGAUCGUUACAUGCAGCAAAGUAUCCGCUACACUAAACUGUCGGAUCCGGCCAAGUGGCUGAGAAUUGAUCCCAACAAUGGUAGAAUCACAACAAUCGCCGUUUUGGACAGAGAAUCACCAUUUGUAAAGAACAGCUUGUACAAUGCCACAUUCCUGGCCACUGACAACGGCAACCCUUCAGCAAGUGGCACGGGCACUCUGCAGAUCUAUCUGCUGGACAUCAACGACAACGCCCCGAGGGUGUUCCCCCAGGAAGUAGAAAUAUGUGAGAAACCCGAGCCCAACGCCAUCAACAUCACAGCGAUCGAUGGCGACUUGAUGCCCAAUGCUGGGCCCUUUGCCUUCGAGUUGCCUAACAUGCCCGUCGAUGUCGAGAGGAACUGGACCAUCACCAGAAUCAGUGGCGACUACGCUCAGUUGCGCCUCAAGAUCGGUUUCCUCGAGAGCGGCAUUUACGACUUGCCCAUCAUCAUCACGGACUCUGGAAACCUGCCCCUGAUCAACACCUCCCACCUGAGGGUCAAAGUGUGCCAGUGCGACAUCAACGGCGACUGCACGGACCAGCAGCACAUCAUGGCCGCCGGCCUGGGCACGGGCGCCAUCAUCUCCAUCCUGCUGUGCAUCAUCAUCCUCCUCAUUCUGGUGCUACUUUUUGUGGUGUGGAUGAAGCGCCGCGAUAAAGAACGCCAGGCUAAGCAGCUCCUCAUCGAUCCCGAGGAUGACGUGCGAGACAACAUUCUCAAGUAUGAUGAGGAAGGCGGCGGAGAAGAGGAUCAGGAUUACGAUCUGAGUCAGCUCCAGCAGCCGGACACGUUGGAACCGGAGGCCAUCAAGCCCGUAGGGAUUCGACGUCUCGAUGAGAGACCCCUCCACCCCGAACCACAGUACCCCAUGAGGUCUGCCGCCCCCCACCCUGGAGACAUUGGUGACUUCAUCAAUGAGGGCCUGAAGGCCGCAGACAACGACCCCACCGCACCCCCCUACGACUCCCUGCUGGUGUUCGACUACGAGGGCAGCGGCUCCACCGCCGGCUCCCUGAGCUCGCUCAACUCGUCCAGCAGCGGGGGCGACCAGGACUACGAUUACCUCAACGACUGGGGGCCACGCUUCAGAAAACUGGCGGACAUGUACGGCGGAAGCGAUGACUAAGACACGAGGAUACAAGAAGAAGAAAACGACGAAAUGAAGGAGAUUCCUUGUGGAUGGACAUUAGACAUGGAACUGUGAGAGCAGAGAGAAAAAAGGAUGCAGAGAUUUUUUUUUUCCACACACACAAAAAACAAAAACAACCCACCAACUUGGCUUAUUGUUGUAGUCUCCGCGUACAUAAUGCUUGUCGACGGCACCGGUGGACGCUCACACCAUUCAAGACCGUUGUGGGAAUUGAAUGCGCUCAGUUACACUUGAACUUCACAGUACAGAAGCACUGGGAUAUAAUGUGCCUUUUUGUACAUUUCUUUUGGAUGGAAAUGAUUAGUUUUAUGUUCAAGGCUUUAAUGGUACUGACUAUUUUUUUUUUUUUUUUUUUGGGGGGGUGGGUGGGUGAUUUCAAAGCAAAGUAUGUGACACUCUGGUACGCUUUGGUCACCCCGUUUCUUCUUUUCUCUUUCUUUCCAUUUGUUUGUGAAAGCUUAUUUAAUGAAGGAUCAUUUGUCAGCCCGGAUGGAAAAAAUAAGGAAGAGCCAGCACUGUUUAGUGUGUUAGACUUGACUAAAACAUGACAGUUAUGCAGCUGGUCGCACCUAAAGGGAGUUAUGAAUCACACUUUUGUAGCAGAUUAUUUUCUUUUCUUUUUUUUCCUGGAGUGAUGUAGUACAGUAUUUGACAAAAAAAAAAAAAAAAAAAAAAAAAAAAAAAACUGGUCUGAUCAAUGUUCACUUCAUUUGCCUUAGUCAACAUUGGAUAUUUUGGACUUCACUGUAAAAAGAUGUGUGUACAUAAUGUUUUGUUUUCUUUUUAUCUUUUCUUUGGGUGUAGUAUAUGAACAAGUGCAAAAAGUUCCAAAACCUGUAAAUGUUUCAUUUGGACAUCAAAAAUGUUUUUGCAUGUUUUUAUCUUUUCAUGACGACAAAACACGGGAGGAAUAAAAGCUAUUCCCCAAAUUUAUUUACAAGAUGGAGAAAAAACAUAAAAUCUGGGUGACAGUCUGUGUAGAAGUUGAGAGAUUUUGUAUAACAUAAUUUGAAAGAAGAAAAGAAACAAUUAUAAAACUUGUCGUCUCGUCAGCACAACUGUUGAAUUUGUACCAAAAAAAAAAAAAAGUGUGGGUGAGGGGGUGUGACAUGCGAGGCACUGAUUAUUAAAGCUGAGCUUUAAUAGUGGAAAACAUUUUGGACUUGAGCUGUGUGAAAAAGCAUUUUGUUCUGCUCAACUAAUUAUCUCUCUUACCCAAACUAUCCAAAUAAAAGUCCAGUUUUGGAGCUAACAAAA